AUGUAAUCUAUGAUGUAAGGUAGUCCUCGAUCAAAAAAAGUACUGGCUGCUCUGGGUUUGGUUGCUCAAGAUCUCUACUAUCCGACAAGAGAGGAGAUCUUACAAUUGGGAGUGUAAUUUGAAGAUGUAGACUUUUAUGUCGAAGCCAAAUUGCAGCAUAUGCGUGAAAGAGUUGACAGAUUUUUGGAUCUGGUUAGGUAGGAAUACAAUAAUAAUUCCGAAGAACAUGAACGAAAUUCUUAAUCUAGUCAAUUGUAAUUGAGUCAAUCUUUUAUGUAAAAGUAGGAACAGAUUCUCAGAACUUUGCAAAACAAAUAGAAGAUUGAAAUUGAAAGGGAAAUGCAAACUGAAAUGAAGAUCGAAGAAAUGAAAAGGAAGAAUCAAAUGAAGGAAAAGAGAAUCGAAGAGCUAAGGAAAAUGUAGGAAGAAGAGUUUCAUUAAAGAAUGGAAGAGAAGGAGGCAAAACUCAAGUUGAGAGAACAAAAACUUAAAUAGGCUAAGUUAUAAGCAGACAUUCACAAUGAAACUAUUAUGCGUAAGUUCCAAGAGGAGGAACUCAAGAUUCAAUAAAAAUAAGCUAAAUAUGCGUUGAUGAAGCAGAUAGAGAAGGAGGAAAGGGAAAGAGAAAUUUAAGAAAAAAUGAACAGGAGAGCCUAAAGAAUGGCAGAGUAAGAAGAACUAGUGCAGCAUGAGAAUCUGAUUCGAAAACAAGAAUAUAACAAGAAAUUAUAAAAUAUGGAACAAAUGCUGUUAGAAAAAUAGCAAUACAUCAGAUAAUAAAAUUAAUUAAAAGAGGAACGAGCUAGGGAAAAAUAUUAAAAUGCUACUGCUCUAAAACAAUUAGAGACAUACUAAAUGGAGCAAAAAAUUCAUUCCAAAGAGAAGGAAAUUCAAAUGAGAAAUACCAUGCAAGAAUUCAAUAGACAAUAAUUAUUACAGUAAAAGAGAAAUUAGGAAUAGUAAAAACAGUACAUGAUGGAAUAGAAGAAAUUGAUCAUCAGUCAAGAACAACACAAGAGAAAUCAAGAAUACCUUAGUUAAGAGAAAGAAAGAGAGCUGAAGAAAUCCAGGUUGGAAGAAUAAAAGAAAUUGAAGAGAGAUGAGAGCAGUCUCAUCUUAUAAUCUCAUAUGGAGGAAGUGUAAAUGAAAUAAAGAUAUCUGGAUAAAUAAACUGAGUUGGAGAAGCAAAGAAUUAUGGCACUGAAAUAAUAAUAAUUCUUAAAUGCUGAAGAGUUGAGACAAAGAAACAUCUAAAAUAUGAAGAGGAAAUAUGUUUAAGAGUUGUUGAAAUUGGAAGAUGCGGCUUAGAAUUAUUAAAUUCAAAAAAGAAAAGAAUAAUAUAAAAAUGCAGUUCUAUUAGAUAGAUUCGAAGAAACAGAUAGAAGAUUGAAACAAUAAUAAAAUGAAUAUUAAAAAUUACAGGACACUAAAAAGUAAAUGGAAAUUACUAUUUAAAAUGAAAAAAUGAGGAUUUUAGCAGAAUUUGAUAAAAAAAAAUUAUAAUUAGCUGAAGAAAGAAGUACUCAACAACUCAGUUAAAUUAUUAAAGCUAACCCAACUGAUAGAUUGCCAACCAAUAAACCAAUUAAAACUAAAAGUGCAACCAGCUUUCAUUUACCUCCUACAAAAGAAUAAAAGGAACCAAAAUUACCCUCUGAAAAUAGAUCUACUAAUAACAAAAGCAAAAGGACUUUAGAUGAAAAAUCUAUGUCCACUACAUCAUAAAAGAAAAGACAUUAUUUCAUUUCAGAAGAAACCAUGAAAGCUGUCCAAUUAUACGCAAAUGGAGAGACCUUAAAACAAUUUUAGAUUGAAAUACGUCCAAGUAAAAAGAAGAGAUGA